GCCCGCAGCUUCCGUGGCUGAGAGGAGCCGGCCGCUGCUGUGUCUGUGGUGUCCGCGGCGGCGGCGAGAGCGACUGUCCCAUCCUUCCCACCCUCUCAGCUCCGCUCGCUGCAUGCCCUCCGCUCGCGCCGACUUCUCCGCAGCUCUGCGCGUCCCAGGUGGACGUUGAGCCUUGGGAGGAGACGCGCGCGGUGAGAGCCGGAGCGGGGACCGCCGUAGAGCCCGGGCCGGGAGGAGAGCGAGGCGUGAUCGAAGGGUAUGGUUGGCAUGGAAUUGAAUUUCAUCUGUCUGUGGGAAUUGUAAAAAAAGUGGUCUGGAAUCCAACCUGCAAUAGCUUCGAGGUAUGGUUGUAUUCAUGUCCCAUUGGCUUGAACUCAUGGCCACAUCUGGCUACAGGAGAGGCUGGGAAGUGCAAUCUGCAUUGUGGCAUGCACUUAGCUAAAGUUAUGGUGUUCUGUUACUGAGGAAGAAAGAGAAAGUGGAUAUUGGGCAAAACCUCCAGUGCUUCGCAUAGUGAUCCAGAGCACAGGCUCCGGACGCGCAGGCUUAGCGGCCAUGGCUCACGGGCCCAGCCGCUCCGCGGCAUGUGGGAUCUUCCCGGACCGGUGCACGAACCCGUGUCCCCUGCAUCGGCAGGCGGACUCUCAACCACUGCGCCACCAGGGAAGCCCUGAAAAUGCAUUUUUAAACACAAACUCUGCACUGUUUACUGUGAAGGUUGCCAUCACGAAAGCCAAGGUGGAUUUCUCCAGUGUAGUGUGCCUGCCCCCUUCCGUCAUUGCUGUGAAUGGGCUGGACGGAGGAGGGGCUGGCGAAAAUGAUGAUGAACCAGUGCUGGUGUCCCUGUCCGCGGCACCCAGCCCCCAAAGCGAAGCUGUUGCCAAUGAACUGCAGGAGCUCUCCUUGCAGCCCGAGCUGACCCUAGGCCUCCAUCCUGGCAGGAAUCCCAAUUUGCCUCCACUUAGUGAGCGGAAGAAUGUGCUGCAGUUGAAGCUCCAGCAGCGCCGGACGCGGGAGGAACUGGUGAGCCAAGGGAUCAUGCCACCUUUGAAAAGUCCAGCUGCAUUUCAUGAGCAGAGAAGGAGCUUGGAGCGGGCCAGGACAGAGGACUACCUGAAGCGGAAGAUUCGUUCCCGGCCGGAGAGAUCGGAGCUGGUCAGGAUGCACAUUUUGGAAGAGACCUCGGCCGAGCCUUCCCUGCAGGCCAAGCAGCUGAAGCUGAAAAGAGCCAGGCUGGCCGAUGACCUCAACGAGAAGAUUGCACAGAGGCCUGGCCCCAUGGAGCUGGUGGAGAAGAAUAUCCUGCCUGUGGAGUCUAGCCUGAAGGAAGCCAUCAUUGUGGGCCAGGUGAACUACCCGAAAGUAGCAGACAGCUCUUCCUUUGAUGAGGACAGCAGCGAUGCCUUAUCUCCUGAGCAGCCUGCCAGCCAUGAGUCCCAGGGCUCGGUGCCGUCACCCCUGGAAGCCCGAGUCAGCGAGCCACUGCCCAGUGCCACCUCUGUGUCCCCCACUCAGGUCGUGUCUCAACUCCCCGUGGGCCCCGAGUCUGGAGAAACAGUCUUCCUGGCGGAGCAGCCUCCUCCGCCGCCCAGCCUCGCCAACGGAACCACGGUCACCACUGCCAAGCCCCUCCCCACACUCAUUAAGUGCCUCGGCCGCUGUCCCAGGUCCCCAGCCCCGCCGCGAACUCUCCUCCAAGCUGAGCCCCCAGCUGCCUCAGACCUGCCUCAGCAAAGCCAACCCAAGUCUGCCGGUGAGAAGUCGCAGCGCAGCAAGAAGGCCAAGGAGCUGAAGCCGAAGGUGAAGAAGCUCAAGUAUCACCAGUACAUCCCCCCGGACCAGAAGCAGGACAAGGGGGCGCCCCCCAUGGACUCCUCCUACGCCAGGAUCCUGCAGCAGCAGCAGCUCUUCCUGCAGCUCCAGAUCCUCAACCAGCAGCAGCAGCAGCACUACAACUACCAGACCAUCCUGCCCGCCCCGCCCAAGCCAGCAGGGGAAGCUCUGGGAAGCGGUGGGGCCCCCCUGACGCGGAGCCUUUCUGCUACCAGCAGCAGCUCCGGCUCAGGCGCCCCUGGGCCCAGUGGGCUGGUACGUCAGAACAGCACCUCGUUGACUGGCAAGCCGGCGGCCCUGCCUGCCAACCUGGACGACAUGAAGGUGGCAGAACUGAAGCAGGAGCUGAAGUUGCGGUCACUGCCCGUCUCGGGCACCAAGACGGACCUGAUUGAGCGCCUGCGCGCCUACCAGGAGCAAGUCAGUCCCGCCGCUGGAGCACCCAAGGCCCCCGCCGCUGCCUCCAUCCUGCCCAAGGCUGGCGAGGUGGUGGUAGCCUUCCCCGCGGCCCGGCUAAGCACGGGGCCCACCCUGGUGGCAGCGGGCCUGGCCCCGGCAGAGGUGGUGGUGGCCACGGUGACCAGCAAUGGAGUGGUGAAGUUUGGCAGCACGGGCUCCACGCCCCCUGUGUCUCCCACCCCCUCAGAGCGUUCACUGCUUAGCACAGGCGACGAGAACUCCACGCCCGGGGACACCUUUGGCGAGAUGGUGACGUCGCCAGUGACCCAGCUCACCCUGCAGGCCUCGCCGCUGCAGAUCCUUGUGAAGGAGGAGGGCCCCCGCGCUGGGUCCUGCUGUCUCAGCCCUGGGAUGCGGGCAGAGCUGGAAGGGCGUGACAAGGACCAGAUGCUGCAGGAAAAGGACAAGCAGAUCGAGGAGCUGACCCGCAUGCUCCGGCAGAAGCAGCAGCUGGUGGAGUGGCUCAGGCUGCAGCUGGAGCAGGAGAAGCGGGCCCAGCAGCCCACGCCGGCCCCGGCCCGGGCCCCAGCCACGCUUGGUGCCUCAGUGAAGCAGGAGAACAGCCUUGCCAGCUGCCAGCUGAGCAGGCAGCCCCCGGGCCCUGAUCACCCCUUCGGCCCCAGCCUCGCGGGCCCCGCUGCCCACCGUGUAGACACUUGUACCCUGGUGCCCUCAGCCGUGGUGGUGAAGCAGGAAGCUGUGCUGCCCGAGCCUGAACCAGCCCCGGCCCUGGUCACGCUUGGUGCCGCAGUGAAGCAGGAGAACAGCCUUGCCAGCUGCCAGCUGAGCAGGCAGCCCCCGGGCCCUGAUCACCCCUUUGGCCCCAACCUCGCGGGACCCGCUGCCCACCAUGCAGACACUUGUACCCUGGUGCCCCCGGCCGUGGUGGUGAAGCAGGAAGCCGUGCAGCCCGAGCCUGAACCAGCCCCGGCCCCACAGCUGCUUCUGGGCCCACAGGGCCCCAGCCUCGUCAAGGGGGUCACACCUCCCACGCUCCUCACUGACUCCACAGGGACCCACCUUGUCCUCACCGUGACCAAUAAGAAUGCAGACAGCCCUGGCCUGGCCAGCGGGAGCCCCCAGCAGAGAGGCCAGCUGUCCCCCACCAAGGUGACAUUGGCAGCUGGCUCCCUGCUGCUGCCACCCUCGCAGCCCAGACCCUCCACUCAGCCUGGUCCAAAGCUCUUGUCCCAGCCUGGCUCUCCAGCCCCUGGCCCCCCAGCCCAGAGGGACUUGGAGCACCCGCCACAGCCCCUUUUUGGGCCCCCCACUUCUCUGCCGAAGAAGGAGCCGCCUGGCUAUGAGGAAGCUGUGAGCCAGCAGCCCAGACAGCAGGAAAAUGGUUCCUCAAGCCAGCAGAUGGAUGACCUGUUUGACAUUCUGAUUCAGAGUGGAGAGAUCUCAGCAGAUUUCAAGGAGCCAGGGAAAGAGAAGUCCCCCCCGACAGCAGCCUGCGGGUCACCCCUGGCCGCACAGCCAUCACCGUCCGCCGAGCUCCCUCAGGCUGUCCCGCCUCCAUCUGGCUCGCCGGCCCUCCCUGGGCGCCUGGAGGACUUCCUGGAGAGCAGCACAGGGCUGCCCCUGCUGACCGGCGGGCACGAGGGGCCGGAGCCCCUCUCCCUUAUCGACGACCUCCACAGCCAGAUGCUGAGCAGCUCUGCCAUCCUGGACCACCCCCCCUCCCCCAUGGACACUUCGGAAUUGCACUUUGCGCCUGAGCCCAGUGGCGUGGGCCUGGACCUGGCUGAUGGCCACCUGGACGGCAUGGACUGGCUGGAGCUGUCGUCGGGCGGGCCGGUGCUCAGCCUGGCCCCGCUCAGCACCACGGCCCCCAGCCUCUUCUCCACGGACUUCCUCGACGGCCACGACUUGCAGCUACACUGGGAUUCCUGCUUGUAGCUCUGGGGCCGCAGAGCCGGGGGCUGGGAGGGCUGGAAAGUCGGAGACCUCGGGAACUCCAGGGAGCUCAGCGCUCUCCUGCCUGAUGCAGCCUCUCCACGUGGUCGUGAGUCCUGACAAUCACAGGCCCUGCUUUCCCCUCCGUGGGAGGCCGGAGGAGGGUGUCCCCACACCUGGCUCUGGUUCACCAAGGAGAAGAGCUUCCAAGCAGCAGCUCUGGGUCCCACCCUGGGGUUUCGGAGGCCUGGAUGGGCCAGGGGCUUCUAUUUGACCUCCUUUUGUGAGGUCGGGGUGCACUUGUCUGCUGCAGUUUGCUCAGGAGGCGAGGCUGAGGCAGGGCAAGGGGUGCAUGUCCUUCCCUCUCUUCCCCUUCCCUGCAAGGGAAGGAACUGGCUGGGCCUCUACCUCACCACCCUCGUGAUGCCAACACCACCGACCCAGGCUUCCCGGGAGGGGGGCUCCCUGCCAUUUUAGUGUCUUGCUGUAGUGUAACCAUUUAGUGGUUGGUGGCAAACAUUUUCUGUACAGGUGUAUAUACCUCUAUAUUAUAUAUCGCCAUACAUAUAUACACAUACAUAUACCUUGGGGGGGGGGUGGGUGGGAGGUUAAUGCAGCCCCCCACCCCCGGUUCUACUCUGUGCACAAGGAAGGGCCCGAAGCCACCGCUCCGCUCCCGGGGCUUAACACAGCUUAUACCCUGGCCCCACCCAUCACUUGUAUUUGACACGUAGACGCCUCAUCACAGCCUGUGCCGCACCUGUCCCGCUUCCUGCUCCUUAUCAAUCAGUGCCACGAGGGCGGAGGUGCUUCCUGGCCCCCCUGCCCACAUUCCGUCCCAUCCCCGCUGUCUCACCGCAGCCACCCCAGCCCUGGGACAGCAGUGGAGCCGUGGAGCCAGAGGUGGCCCUCAAGCUACGGUCUCCUCCUGCCCUGGGGCCCUGGGGCCGGGCCUCCCUUCUGGCCUGUCAUUGUCAUUCACAGGGGAUCAGGGAUGGAGUCACCAGCACCAGUGCUGGGACAGAGGUGGGAAAGCUGUGUGAACUUUUUAAAAUAAAAACAAACA